GGUGGCGAGAUUCAAAACAAACUUCUUGCGCUUUUGUGUUUUGGGUCUGCAAUCUCACGGUUGGAUAUCCAAGUUGGAUCUUGGUUGGAUCAAGCCCAUUUGUAUCAGAUUUCAAUUAACGCGGGGGAUUCAAAGUGCGUCCAGUUCAAGUUGCCUGAAGAUUAUUUAGAUUUCUUCCUCUCUGAAAAGCACCAUUCACAGGCCAUCCCAUGGCGACAGCGUGGCGCCAGGCAGCUGGCGAGGCCAGUGACAGCGAAGAGGACGUGGUGUUCAUGGGCCCCGUGACCGAUCGGGAACUGGAGAUCAGCCGGCUGCUCAACGAGACCAUCUGCCUCGCUGACGGCGACGCCAGUGACAGCGCCAACAACACGAUGGCCGGCCUGGAGGGUGGUAUGCGGGCCGUCACCCUGGAGGGAGCCCGCGAGUCGUUCACCAUGGGCGAGCUGGAGCUGCCGACCUCCGCGGCCGGUACCAAUCGCUACCCGGUGACCAGCAGUCGCCUGGAGGAGUCGGCCGCGCCGCUGGCCUCUGCUGAGAACACGGGCGAGUCCCGCCACUGGGAGGAGCUGCCCUCUGAGCAGCCGCUCUCCUCCACCCGGCUGACGGGGGCCGAGCUGAGUCAGCAGUGGGAAGAGAUGCCCUCUGAGAACCCGCUGCCGGAGCCGGCUGGUGAGAGCAGAGUCUGGGAGGAACUCCCCUCGGAGAACCCUCUGCCAGCGCCGGCACGUGGAGAGGAGAGUCAGCAAUGGGAGGAGAUGCCGACGGAGUGUCAUGCUCCUUCCCCACGGAACGCGGAAGAGAGCCAGCAAUGGGAAGAGAUGCCGUCAGAAUGUCCGGCUCCCUCGCCACGGAACGGAGAAGAGAGCCAGCAAUGGGAGGAAAUGCCCUCUGAGUGCCCCGCUCCCUCCUCGCCGACCGCAGAAGAGAGCCAGCAAUGGGAGGAGAUGCCGUCAGUAAACCAUGCUCCCCGAUCUCCUAGGGCGGAGAGGAGCCAGCACUGGGAGGAGAUGCCCUCAGAGUGUCCCGUGUCUCCGCCGGACGCUGCCCAAGAGAGUGUCUGCGAGGAUUUAUCCGAGGAGCGGGAGCCUGCCGUGAACGGAAGCCUGUGGGUCACGCUGGCCUCGGAGGACGGAGCACAGGACGCGCCUGGUGGCGGGGCCAAGCGCCGCGAGACGGCCAGUGGUGCGCUGCUCGGAGCGCUCUGUGACGAACUGGCCGAGCCGGCCGCUGCGGCCCGCUCCCCGCGUGUGACCGUCACCGGCGCCACGCCGCGCGCCAUCCGCUCGCCACCAGAGAGCUUCUCGUCCCCCGGCGGCGGCCUGCUGCAGGCGAUGCACCGCCAACUCUCCUCGCCGAGCGCCGUCUCAGUGGCCACCUCUGUCGACUCGUACCACACCUGCUACGGCGGGAGGGCGGCGGACGACAGCCGGAGACUGACAUCUGCGUCUACCCUCUCAGAUAUAUCGAUCACGCCCGCCGCACCACCCAACAGCACACUGGGAGCUGAGGCAGCGCAGGAGUCCGACAGUGAGGAUGACUCGCGGCUGUACGAGUCGAGUGUGGAGGAUCUUCCGGAGCCGGAGGCGGCAGCUGAGGCCUCUCGUGAGCCAUCAGGAGGGAUGGAACGGACGGCGGUGGUGGACGACGCGACCAGUGACGAUCACAGCCGCUCGCCGUCGCUGGCCGGCCGGGACCGGGUCACCAGUCUGGCGUCGGAGAGCAGUUUAGCCGGCUCGUUUAUGAGCGGUACAUCUACAGGAUCUGACAUGAACGACACGCUGGAGAUGAUGGAGAAGCUGCUAGCCAUGGAGGCGGAGGAGCGGCGCCUGGAGACGCUGCUGCAGAACCGGACGGCCGCGGGCGAGACCCUCCUCCACUCCAACAAGUCGGUGUCGGAGGUGGGCGACGCUGUGAGCGCUCCAACGGCGGCCACACCUCAGAGCAAGCCUCGAUUAGCGGCAGCGGCAAGUGGGGUUACCCCGAGCCGGCCGGCGCCAGCUGAGGGCAAGAAGGCGACCCCCGCCUCGGUCACCCCCCGCGGCCGGGGCCGGCCUGCCGCGGUCACCCCUCGUCAGCAGAUGGGGGCACCGUCCCCGGGCCGGCUGACUACACCGCGAGCCAAGGUGACGCCGUCCCCGGCCCGUUCUGCCGCCAAAGCCAGCCGCCUGAGGACGCCGACACCGGUGGCCAGGACGGCGACGGUGGCGUCACAGCCGACUACUCCGAGAACCAAACCUAACCUGAAGGACAUCGUCAGCCCGGUAGCGCGCUACAUCCACGACGGUCCCGAGCCCACCCUGGUGCAGAACCUGCGUCCCAAGAACCGCAUGCUCAACAGCGUGGUGCCCCGGGCGCGGCCCACGCCGCAGAAGCUGGCACCGCUGGCGGAGGAGGCGUCCGCCGCGCCGUCACAGGACGAGGACAAUGUACUGCGCGAUCUGAACACCUCAAUCACCUCGAACGCGUCCACGGCUUCGGCGGGCUCCUCGGCGGCAGGAGGCAGCAGGAUACCGGUCAAGGUGUCCCGCUCGGCCGCCGACCAGGAGAAUCAGCCGCCGGCGGCGUCGCUGCCCAAAGUGUCCUACAAGACCUCGGGAAAUCUGGUCAUGGACAAGACGGCGUGGAACAAACUGGUUCGUAAGAACACGGCCGAGAAUCGCAAGGCCGGGCGGUUCCUGCCCAACCCGUCUCCGGUUAUUGCUGUCAAACACACAGGCCACAAGAGUGUCGCCUCCCGGCGAGUCCGCUGGAAUGACGAAUUCUCUGUGCCAGACAUGGCUGUGCGGGUGCGUCCGAUGCGCCGCUCUGUCAGCGAUUGCGAUAUGACCCAGAGCUCGGACGCCUCGUACAUGGAGGUGAGCGUCUGCGAGGUCCGCAGCGCGCGGCCCGCCGUGGUCCGGCACUAGUGCGCGGAGGAGGGAGAGUGACCGUAAAGGGGGCGAAGGUGGCUCCGAGAGAGUGAGCGGGGUCUGAGAAGGUCUGGUGGUGCGCAUUGCAAGCUGCAACGGCGGUCAGCAGUGGUAUUGAUGUAAUUUGUGCGUUGGUACCUAUCGAGGGAUGAAACAAUGGCCGAUUAAUGUUGAAAGAUACUUUGAGCUCAGCUGUGAGCAAUGAAACGGGAAGUUCGCUUCAUUCGAAAUUUAAUGAAGAGCAUCCGUAAAACAUCUUUGAAACACUCUACCUGUGUUCCUUCAUAGUUUGAUUUCAACGUUGUCAGAAUGUUCGCACCAAAGUCUUCGUACGUCGGUUUCCUGUACUUAUUUGUUUGGUAAUGCCUGAAAGCAUGACGUCAAUGAUUCGGGUCCACCUCAAGAUGAAGUGUGAGAUAAGCUUCUGCGAUAGCUGCAUUUAACGUCGCUUCGCACCGCCGUAACCAUUAUCGGCUAGUGUUGUAACUUGUAGCGGUGCCAUAGACUACCGUACCGUCUUCAGUGUCUCUUGUAUAGUCUUCCACGCCUGUCCUGUUGCCAUUAACCAGAUACAGCGCUCCUUGUAGCUCGAACAUCUAAAUGGCCGAGCCGCUAGACCAAGCUGUGAGAGCGACCGUGCCGGAAAUAGCCCGAGCUAAAUCAUGCUCGGCUGUUUUUAUGACUAGCCCUGUUGUCACAUUGUUGUCAGCCUGUUAUUUUAAGGACACAAUAAAUCUUGUGAAUGCU